CACACGUGCGUGUCCGCGUGGACGGCCCCAGGGUGCCUGACUGUGUUCAUGCAUUGAAGGAUGAAUGGGUAUCCUGGAAUUUGUGCCUCACCCCUUCUGCUGGUCUGAAGUUGCCUGAAACCAGGCCUGAGACCGGCUGAUUUUGCAAGGUGGAUUUUUCUCGCUAUCUGCCUGCCCGCACUGGUGGGUGGAGAACAGUGCGUGGCAGAGCAUGGUCCUACUUCCCUGAGGGUGAGCGUUGUGUGUUUGGGGUCUUGAGCAGAGCCGCAGCGGGAAAGGUUGAAACCAACAAAGUGAUGUACUUUGUGUGUGCGUGUGUGUCAGGGAUGGGGGGGUCGUUCAUUCCUGUGACUUGCAGCAGAGACUAGUAAUUUUGCAAAGUCCAGGCAAACAAUCCUUCGAGAGGUUGCGAGGAAAGAGCAGGCAGGAUUAAGCAGGCUGCCGGGGGAGGGGGGGGGAUUGCAUUUGGGGUAAACCUGGAAGGAUUAGUUAAGUUUUGAUUAAAUGCUUCCAGCCACAGGCAUUCCAGGUGGAAAGAGCAGCAUGCUCUUAGGCUGGAGGCCUAAAUGGGGACAGCUGCUGACCUUCAGUGGUCUCUGCGGGCUGGGGGAGCCGGCUUUGGAAUUAAGCUUGGAGGAGUGGCCAGACCCUAAGGACUGGAGCUUGCAGGACACGGAUGCCUUCGUGCUUGUCUAUGACAUCUGCAGCCCAGACAGCUUCGACUACGUGAAGGCGCUGCGGCAGCGGAUCGCGGAAACCAGGCCGGCGGGCGCACCCGAGGCGCCUAUCCUCGUGGUUGGCAACAAGCGGGAUCGGCAGCGGCUGCGGUUCGGGCCUCGGCGUGCGCUGGCAGCCCUGGUGCGCAGGGGUUGGCGCUGCGGAUACCUCGAGUGCUCCGCCAAGUACAAUUGGCACGUGCUGCGUCUCUUCCGCGAGCUACUGCGCUGCGCUCUGGUGCGCUCACGCCCUGCGCACCCGGCUCUGCGCCUGCAGGGGGCGCUGCAUCCGGCGCGCUGCAUCCUCAUGUGACUGAAUUGGACGGCGCCGCCGUCGGCGGCGGGGGUGGGGGUGUCCUCCAUUUGACUGGAACGACUGGGGACCCGGAUUGGAUGAGAUUGCCCAAUUUCUCUUGGAUUGGACAGGACAUUGUCCUCCGUGAAUGGCUGAGGAACGCUCCCACCCAGUCUCCUGGGCAACAGGCCUCUUUGAACAUCAUUGGACCCACACAGGCCUCAAGCCCCAUUGGACAGAUUAGUCUUUUCUGGGAAUUCACUGGGUCAUGAUCCCAUUGGAUGGAAGGAACUUGGCUAUGAAUUUGAUUGGAAGCUCUCAGACUGCUCUUGGAGUUUCAUUGGACAAACUAUUAAGUCAGACCUCUCAGGAGGUAAUAAAGGGGGAAACAAUUCAA